UAUGAAACUAUCAUAUGAAACACGGAAUUGUCAGCAUCCUUACACAUGGUGCUUUGUUGCUAUUAUUAAUGUAGAAACACAUAAUACAAACAAAAAAUAUGAAUGGAUCGAAUCCCCAGCUAAGGGAAUGCUGUCCCGUUGUCUAAAACUUCCAAGAAUUAUCUUCAAAUGGAGCCCAAAGCCAAGAAAAAGUCAAGAAGCAAUCAAAGAAAGGAUAGGCAUUAUAGCCUUACCAGAAUAAUUCAAAGGGGGGGCCUCUCUUUUGUCUUGUUCCAAGCAGAAAUUAAUAAGAAGCCAAAGGGAGAAAUUUAGGAGGGGAAAUGAGAAUGAUGGACAAGUAAAGCCCUCCGAGACUUGCAUUUAACUUUGGCAUUCAGUUCAGAGUUCCCAUCAUAUGGGCAUAUGGGGGUGAUGGUAACUCCUGUAAAGCCACUUGAAGUCGCAGUCUGGUAGUGGAAUCCCUACUCCACUCCAAAAUUACAGAAGAUGAGAGUUCUCGAGCAUUGGCUGCCUUUUAACUCGUAUCUUUACUUAGAUUCCAUUCCAUAUGGAAGAGGAAUUAUUUGCUAUGGGAUUCUACCGAGGAACUUUCAUCUGUCAUCCUAGUAACACAAAAAAAGACACAAGCCUGCUUUACUGGACAAACAGGAAAGGCAAGCAAAAGGGCACAAUAGAAACAGCAUAAUGAAACAAUCAACCUGAUGGAAGACGCCAAAAUACAGUUGGGUUCACUGUAUAUUUCACAUGAGAGGCCGCUCUUGGUACAUGACAAACGAUUAAAGGCUUAAUAUUAAUGAUAAAGGAGUACUGGAGGUAGAGGCCCUCUUCUAGCUAUUUGUGAUUAUUGAUCUUAUACAUUCUCCCGAGUGGGGCAUAUCUGAAAUGCCAUUUCAAAAGCUGCCUUGUAUAUUUAUGAGGUGGGCAGAGGAGUAAAGAUGGUAUUAUUUCCAGGUGUGAGGUGUUACAAGUGAGCAAUCAAAUUUACAGAAGAAUCAAACAGAGCUUGUUCGGUUGUGGGAUCUGUUCACCUGUAUUUUGUCUUGUACAAAGUCUCCACAUAAUAAAGGCCAGAGAAUUGAUGGUGCUGGCACUCCAAAGAGACUUGCUUUGAAUCCUUCAUGUUCCAUCAGCAUCAGGAGAAAAGUCUUUCCAGCGUAUGCAUGGCAGAGUCCACCUUAGCGGAGGAGCGACAGUAAUGGACGACCCUUCUGAAAAUAUUGGAGGCAGAGAAGAAUGUAACAGCAGUGAAUCUGGAUGGACUAUGUACAUUGCUUCACCCGUCCAUGAAAACAAUCCUGAAAAUGAUGACGACGAUGACGAUGACGACAAUUACACUGAAAGGAAAGGCUACAAGGAUUACCCAAGUGAUGAUGGUGGCGAUCCCGCAAGUGAUGAUUCAAUGGCUUCUGAUGCCUCUUCUGGUCCAAGUCAUCAAGGAGGACCAUGUAGAACCAAGGAGGGAAGCCAUCGCAGGGAUGAUAUUGCACAUGCUGAGGGUAAAGUCAACAGAAGAUCCUCAGGCAAGAAACAUGACAAACAGGUAGAGAGAAAACAAUAUCCUGCUGAUAUAAAAGCAGCGAAGAAAGAGCAGGGCCAUAAGGCAAAGAAUGCAACUGAGAACCUUCAAGGUAAAGGCAAGUCUAGAAAAAAUUAGUCCACUGAAAGGCAAAUAUGUAAAUCUUUUGCAAGUUUUCCUCCUGGUUUGUUUGCAGUCUUUGUCUAUUGUUAAGUAAAGGCGUCUAAUGGAGGAAAUCUCAGCUAUCAAUUUGCCAUACCUGAUACUUAGUCCAAUUGGAUAAUACAUUCAGCAUAGGUAACUAAUAUAUCAUGCAAUACCCCGUACGUGCUUAUCUAGGACAUAGAUCUGCAAGAACAGGGAAGAUGAACUGCUUGGAUUUCCCGUUAUGCAUUCCAUUUUUUUUUUUGCCAGUGUGGCCUUUGUAAAAUUAUACUUCUCAAUGCCCAAGAAGCAUUUAAAUACAUAAUGAUCUAUGCAUAGCUUCUUCAUCA